AUGAAUUCCCCUGUUGUAAAGGCGGAACCUUCAACUCCAAAAGAGGUCUUAGUAUCUCGAAAAAGGCCAUCCACCGGUACCAGCUAUCAACCUGACAAUGAUGGUCAUCAGCACGUAGGGAACCGACCCCGCUUAUCCUCGCCCACUUCGAACUUUCAAGCUCGACUAGAUCGCCUUCAAAAAAAGGUCGAGGAUCUUGCUGACAGCGUCAAGGAAUGUGCUGAGCAAGCAGAAGAGCUCGAAGUCGCUAGAACUGUUCUCGAAGAGAAACUUGUCGACGAUGAGGAGAAAUCGUCCAAAUUAGCUACCAAACAAAUUCAACGGGAGCUACGUAAGGAGAUCAUCCCUAACAUCACCUCUCUGAAUGAACAAAUCGCGACUCUCAAGGGUGAUUUGAGCAACAGGCUGGAUCUUGGUCGUCAGGUCAAGGAGAUUCAGGAACAGCUUCAAAUACUCGAAGGUAGAAUCGCACACGAACAUGCACCCCCGGAGUUGUCCGCAAAGCAGAUGGAAGAAAUUUGUCAGUACAUUAAACAGAAGAUAUCUUCAUUGGCCAAUGAUAAAACCCUGAAUGUCAAGCAAUCCGCCACUCCAGCUGCUGGGAAAGUGUCCUUGGAUAUGGGUAAGGCUUGCGAGAUAAGAGGUGCACUUCAAGAUAUGCACAAGACUUUUGAUGAAAUGAUUCAGCAUGUCUUGCAAUCGGAGGAAGGAGGGCAUGGUACAACCUGUGUUGAAGUGUAUGGGUGUAUGGGUGUCGCUGUGUUUGUUUGCUUGGUUGUGUUCCAUGUUGUCUCACUAUCAAUCCCGGCUCAGUGUAUGUUGAAAUCAUUUGUUAUGCAUGCACUUGAAGACCUUUUUCGAGAUAAUUGCGCCCCGAAAUCUGUGCAAGGAAGUAGUUCAUCGUCUCUUGGUGAUCUUACAUGUGGCUAUCUACUUUUUGUUAUCACUGGAAAGAGUGCGGUUUGGGAUGAUAACUUCGCGAAUGUACCAUUGAAGUGCAACAUGAAGAGAACCCGCUCAUGUCCUCAUAUUCAGGUGGUAAGCAUCCAACAGGCUCCCCAUCGAUCUCAGGGCGUGACAUUGGAUUCCAGGACCGACAUCGACGGAGUGCUAGAAAUUAUGCAGAAACAUGUGAAUACUUUAAGUGACGUGAUUAUUAUGACCCCGGAUGGAACUGGCUACCACGGUGGAGUGCAGAUACCACGAAACCAAUUAACAAUGGUCGAUAAUAAACCCAAUCUCUUAGUCGAUCAAAUGGAACCUAGCAUGAAGCCUAAGUUUGAAAACAUGUCCAUGCGAGAACUCGCGGAAUGGCGGCUUGGAAUCAUGAUUCAAACACCGGAAACUGCUGCUCAAUUCAAUCGUGUCUUUGACUUGAAACGUCAUGAGGAAGGCUACAGCCAUGCCACGUAUCCCGUUCCUUUCGCGAGCGAUAUGUCCAAUGACCUCGAUGAGGCGAUCAUAAGCUUAGAGUACGACAAUACAUUUAUACAACGUUGCCUCCGGUUGGCAGAAGAAGCAGCCGUCCGCGGCGAGACAGUCCUGGCCCCUACUUUAUCCGAGCUGCACGGCGUUCGCUUAACGGAAGCUAUUGAUCCACCAACCUCUUCCGCCGCUGACGAACGGUUCAUAAAUGACGUCAAGCCCCGUAUUGGGGUUUCGCAGACUGGCUGUUUGCAAACAAUCAGUAAGAACUCUAAUCUUUCUGCACAUUUUUUAAAUCGUCACGUAGUCAACGCCUUGGGCUUUGUUUGUAAAAAUAGACUCCGACGAAAAUGA